AUGGGCAUUUCCUUCAGAUUAAGUGAUAAUCAGCUCUCCCACUGCUGUCUCUUGUCCACUACGGAUUAUGGAGAUUUUCCUGUGGAUUACACAGCUACACGCAGAUGCCUUGUGUCUUUUGAUAAUAAUUUUGGAACAGUAGAAAUGAGGGGUGGAGAAGAGGAUAAGAGCACAGAAAGAAUGCAGAAAACAAGUGAGAGUAGCAAAAAUAAGCUCAAAGGAAUAGUAAAGGGAGCUUACAGGAAUAUCAAAGAAGACCAAGAAGUAGGAUUUAGGAAGGUCAGGCAGCGGGCAGGUUCUGAGGCUCUCAGACUCCAUUACGCACCUGCAGAAGAGCCCCUGACCUUCCGCGUCAUCCAGAUCUCCUCUUUUGCCAACCAAAGCUGGGCACGGAACCAGGGCUCAGGAUGGCUGGGUGACAUUCAGACUCAUGGCUUGGACAGCGUCUCAGGCACCAUCCUGUUUUUGAAGCCAUGGUCUCAUGGAAACUUCAGCAAGGAAGAGUUGAGUGAUAUCCAGGCACUGCUCCAGUUCUAUCUCCAUGGUUUUAUACGUGUAGUACAAGCCUUUGCAAGUCAGUUUCAGUUUGAAUACCCCUUUGUGAUCCAGAUAUCUGCUGGAUGUGCAGUGCACGCUGGAGCUGGUUCUGAAAGCUUCUUAUAUGGUGCAUAUCAAGGAUCAGAUUUCCUGAGAUUCCAAGGAGGCUCCUGGCAGCCAUCUCCAGGAGCAGGGACUCGGGCCCAAAUGGUCUGCAGGUUGCUCAAUGAGUACAGAGGCAUUAGAGAAAUGGCACAGAUCCUUCUUAAUGACACCUUGCCACGAUUUACGGGAGGCCUCCUUGCAAAAGGGAAGUCAGAACUGGAACGGCAAGUGAAGCCUGAGGCCUGGCUGUCCAGCGGCCCCAGCCCUGGGCCUGGCCGUCUGCUGCUGGUGUGCCGUGUCUCUGGCUUCUACCCAAAGCCCGUGUGGGUGAUGUGGAUGCGUGGUGACAAGCAGCAGUCACGCACUCGACGAGGUGACGUCCUGCCCAAUGCUGAUGGGACGUGGUAUCUCCGAGUUACCCUGGACGUGGCGGCUGGGGCGGCGGCUGGGCUGUCCUGUCGGGUGAAGCACAGCAGCCUCAGAGGACAUGACAUCAUCGUUCCCUGGGGUGGACACUCCAUCCUCCUGUGGCUCAUCUGUUUGACUGUGAUUGUCACCUUGUUCAUGUUGGCUGUAGCUGAGUCAUGGUUUCCAAAGCAGAGCUCAAAUGCAAACAUCUGUGUAAUCGAACUUCCCAGUGACUACAACACUGAAGAGCCCAGGAUAUUCAAACAGCAGCUUUGCCUGGCACAAGAAUUGGGCAUCAAACAAAGAUUCUUGCAGGAGUGGAAAACAAUCUUAAACAAGAUCCGGUCACAUUAG